UCUGCUGCUAUGGGUGACGAGGCGGCACUUCCGGCCGCGGGGAAGAUGGCGGCGGCUCCUCAGAGCCAGACCCAGAGCCAGGGUCAGAGUCAGGGCCAGAAGCCGGCGAAAGAUGGCGACUGGUCCUUCCUGCCCCUUGUCCACGACAUCAUUAAGUGCAUGGACAAAGACAGUCAGGACGUGCAUCAGGAGCUCAGUAAGUUGAAGAUCAAGUUCCAGGAGACCCGGGACACGAUUUCUUCAAUGCCUGGGAUUGAUGUCAGUCCUGAACAGCAGCAGCAACAGCUUCAAAAUUUGCAAGAUCAAGUUCGCAUCAAGAAAGAACUUCUGCAGAAAUAUAAGAGUCUUUGCAUAUUUGACAUUCCCAAACAAUAAGACACGGACAUUGCUGUAUUGUGCCAAUAAGGAGAUUCCAUUCUGAGUCCACACUUUUGUUGCUCAAUGUAUAACUUGUGGAGUCCUGUAGCUCAGUGGUUAGAGCACUCGCUUUGCAAGUGA